UUACUUUUUCUUCAAGCAAAAUCCCUCCUACACCCCCCUCAACACAGCAGGCUUUUAUUAUCUCUCCUAUCACAAAUGGAAGCUGUCAACACGAUAGUCAUUCCGCGGCGACAUGAGCCAGCCAAGGUGGUUGAAUUCAAAGUCACAGUAGACGAUGUCGUCGACAAGGACACGCCGCUGCUCACCUAUGAAUACCGUGUCAAAGUCGACCCAAAUCAGCCCGUAUCAUCCGACCCUGUUCUCGAGCAGGCCCUGCGAAGGACCAUUGACAAAGAUGGCUACAUGAAGAAGCGCGAGUAUCUGCGGUCGCCGCUGGACGGCAAGGUCACGGCUAUUCUGGGCAGGACUGGCGAGGUCGUCCGCCACGGCGAUGCCCUGCUUGAGAUUACCCAGCCGUGCGGCCAUGACGUAGUCUUCAACGGCCUCUGCUCGAUUUGCGGCAUGGAUAUGACUCGUGUUGACCAGUCGGGCAUUGAUGCGUCGAGGGCUAACAUCAACAUGUCACACGACGCCAAGGGCCUGCGUGUCAGCUACGAGGAGGCCAAUCGGCUCGAGAGCGAGACCAUGCACCGCUUGUGGAAGGCCAAGAAGCUCUCCCUGAUCAUCGACCUCGACCAAACAAUCAUCCAUGCCUUCGCCUCGCAGGACCCGAGCUUUGAAAAGUGGCUCAUUGAAAACUACCACGGACCCAACAGCAGUGCCAGCGAGCCGCCGACUGCCCUGCCCGACGACAUUGGCGCGUUUGUAUUGCCCGACGGCCCGCACCGCUACUACAUCAAGCUACGGCCAAACCUGCGCGAGUUUCUGGAGAAGAUCUCGGAUAUGUACGAAAUGCACAUCUACACUAUGGGCACACGCCAUUACGCCGAGGCUGUUGCCGCCACAAUUGAUCCCGGGCACAGGUACUUCAAGGAGCGCAUUCUGUCGCGCGACGAGAGCGGGUCGGUCACACACAAGACCUUGCGGCGCCUGUUCCCGUGCGACACAAGCAUGGUUGUCGCCCUCGACGAUCGCGCUGAUGUCUGGCAGUGGUCGCCGAACCUCAUCAAGGUCCAGCCAUACGCCUUCUUUAGCGGCGUCGGCGAUAUCAACUCUGGCAUGCUGCCGCCCACCACACCGAUUCCACGCGCCGGACCGGAUACCGACGAUAACGGCAAGGAAAUGGACACUGAUCAGCCCGAGGGACGCCCAGAGCCAACGCUCUCCGACAACGACCAUGAGCUUACUCAUAUGCUCAAGGUGCUGACCCAGCUGCACCAAAACUACUAUGCCAAGCUCAAGCCCUCCCUCAGUCCCGCCGCUGCCUGAUGUGACAACUCUGCUGCCGCGCAUGAAGAACAGUGUUCUGAAAGGAAUCACUCUGGUGUUCAGCGCAGUGAUCCCCAUC